CCACCACCACCACCACAAACCCACUCCAAGCAAUAGCUCUUCCACCUCUCCUAGCUUAUUCAGCACCCUUGUUCUAACCUUUGGACAACCUUUCACCUUUCACCCAAGUGGUUGCAAUGGAUAUUGACCAGGCCGACAACCAGCUAGUAGUAAUCCCCCAAGUCGACAUCGCCGGCCUGUGCGCAUCGUCGCUGUACCCUGGCUCCACCUAUAUGGAGUACACCCGCAUUAUGGACUUUGCCAAGGCAAAUCCUCAUCGUGCUAGGGAACUGCCGGACUCUGCAUUUAGCGUGCUCUUCAUCCAUUGCCGCGUUGAGGACGAAGAUGCAGGUCCUUUGUUAAAGCUCAAGUAUCCUCGCGAGUGGCUUCUCAACCUACAGUUUCUCAUCGACCAUGGAAAGCUAGACCUGGUAACUGAGGUUCGUGUAGCUAUGUACGACGAAAGUCAGCAGCUGCUGGAGCUAGAUACGAUUUUGAAGGACAUUGCUGUCGAUAUCGGCAGGCCACUUCCAAACGUGCACUCUAUUCUCUAUCUCGGAAAAGGCAUUUUCACAGCAGGGCAGAACCAGACUAUCAAGAAUAGAAAAAGCGAUGCAGAGGAGACUGUCAAGCUCAUCAGGCACCUCUUCCCCCAGGUGAACGAUUUGAAGUAUCACUUGUAUAAUGCGUGGUUUUUGUCGGUUGGGCAUACCACCCUACCUGAUGAUGCUAACCCGCUCUAUGAACUCACCUUCGAAGCAUGUGUGGAACAGCUGGAGCAUCUCCAGCUUCACAAUCCUAUCCCGACAACCAUUACCAAAUUCCCUGAGCAUGUCGUCUCGCUCUCUAUCAACGCCGAUUAUGUUCGCGGACGUCCUGACCUGCCUCCCGUUGCUACCGACUGCCUUAGAGUGCUCUACCUUCUAAACAGCACUGACGUCUUCCCGUGGCAGCUGUUUAGGACAUCCCAAGGACGUUUCGUAUUUGACUGCCUUGAGGAGCUGUCGUUGCAGUUCACCAGGAGGGCUGACAAUCUUGUGGCAUUCCCCGGCGGCAACAUCCAUGUCAGUUUCCCCAACCUGAACACGCUACAAGUUUCUGGUGCGUGCUAUGUCUACCACAACCUCUAUGCGUUUUUCCAGGAAUGUAGCAUCACUGCUAUGCAGAUAGUGGACAAGCCAUCCGACUUCAGCAGCAUCAACCAACACACAUUGGAGGCUGUGAAGCGUCUGAUAGUCGGUCAUCCCUUAGGCAAGGUAUCUGACAAUAGCUACUCGUCGGCUUCUGUUGAACAUCUAUUCAUGCUACCGGCCAAUAUCGAGAAAGCCAAAUUCACCUGGUUUAGAUGGCCGUUGCCUCUGAACACCGCAUGGAUCAAUCUGCGCGACCUGUCGUUCUCUGCAAACAUUGCCACCAAGAGUAUCCUCGCCAAUCUGAUUGUGCAGCUUCCGGUGCUACAGCUACUCAACAUCAACUGUGUGACAAUGGUGACGGAUAACGUUGACAAGACAGUGUUCUCAGAUGAGGUAUCCCGGAUCACCAAGUUCGGCCAGAUUCUUGAUCCCCUUGACGACUCAUCUAUCAGCGACAGUGUCGAGGAGUUCGAAAUCAUGGUCCAAGAAGUAUUCGACAUCGAGGGGUUUUGCGAGCUGAUCUCUCGUCUGCCGAAGGUAUCGAGGAUCAAGGUCCACCCUCAUUGGGUCCAAGACGUCCAGAACACACUUCGCCAUUACUUUGAGGUGACACGCAUCAUCGACAUCUCCGCCUACCCUCAAGUGCUUUGAUUUCCUUUUACUUCUCAUUUGUGCACAUUUUAACCCUCAGAGCUCUGGUCUCAGGUGGCUGAGGUUUGUUGUCAGAGAAUAACACCGCUGCUCCAUGAAAACAUGUGUUUGGUCGACAAUUCAGCCGCAAAAAAUUGACAAGCCAUCGAUUGUACCAAUG